GAAAUUCAAAUUAUUAAUUUUCAUAAUGAUUACAUCUGCCGAAGAGUCUAUCGUUCUCAAACAAUUGGCAAAGUACAAGAACAUAAGCCAAACAAAAAAAGAUGUGAUAGACGCACUUAACAAUUAUCGAAGUCUUACGCAUCAUCUUCAAAAAUUCGUUUUCAAUGAUGGAACACAAAAGGAAUUAUUCAACUUACAGGGGACGAUACCCGUCGUUUACAAAAAUAACACUUAUCACAUUCCGAUUUGUAUUUGGCUGACCGACACUCAUCCUCAAAAUGCUCCAAUGUGCUUUGUAAAACCAACUCCAACAAUGCAAAUUAAGGUUUCUAUGUAUGUUGAUCAUAAUGGAAAGAUUUAUCUUCCAUAUUUGCAUGAUUGGCAACCGAAUUCUUCAGAUCUUUUGGGCUUAAUUCAAGUGAUGAUUGUUACAUUUGGUGACCAACCACCUGUGUAUUCGAAACCAAAAGGACAAGUUGCUCCUUAUCCAACAUCUUCAUUCAUGCCACAACCUGGUGGAGCUAAUAAUGCUAAUUCUUUCUUGCCGUAUCCAGCUGGUGGUGGUGGUGGGGGUGGAGGUGCAUUUCCAUCGUUUCCUCAAAAUAACAACUUUGGCCAAUAUCCUCCGUAUAUGCCAAAUGCUGCUGCUGCUCCAGGACCUGCACCAGGUCCCUCUGGAGGAAACACAGGUUAUCCUCCGUAUAUGAAUUUUCCACAAGUUCCUGGUUAUAGUUCGGGAUAUAAUCCAGGAAAUCCCAGUCAAACUGGUACCAUUACUGAAGAACAUAUUAAAGCAUCUCUCAUAAGUGCCGUUGAAGAUAAGCUUAGACGACGAGUUCAAGAAAAAGUUAAUCAAUGUCAAGCUGAAAUCGAAACACUUAAUCGAACAAAACAAGAACUCGUCGAAGGAAGUUCUAAAAUCGAAGCAAUUAUUUCUCGUUUGCAAAGAGAACAAACCGAAUUAAGGAAAAAUAUUCUCAUUUUACGUGAUAAAGAACAAGAAUUGGAAAAAUCCCUGGAAUCACUUGAGCAAUCCGAGGGUAUUGAUGUUGACGAAGCUGUUGUGACUACAGCUCCAUUAUACAAACAAUUACUCAAUGCAUAUGCUGAAGAAGCAGCCACGGAAGAUGCUAUUUAUUACUUAGGAGAAGCCUUGCGUAGUGGCGUUAUUGACUUGGAAGCCUUUUUAAAGCAUGUUCGUCAAUUGUCCCGCAAACAAUUCAUGCUUCGUGCAAUAAUGCAAAAGUGUAGACAAAAGGCCGGACUUGCGGGCUAGAAACAAAAAAUCAAAUCUCACAAAAGAUAUUGUCGAGAAAACAUGUUGUCUGUUGAUAGUUUGAAAGUUGAAACCAUAAACAUUAUAUUUUAAAGUAUUUAAUAUCAGUUACUAUAUAUAUCUUGAAAGAUUUUUAAGAAUCAAAAGAACAAAACACCAUAUUAUAAAUAAUAAUUAAACAAAAAAAAUUAAAAAAAAGAAUAAAAAAUGUGUUUCAAAUUUUCAAAUCGAAGAACGCAAUUUUACCUUUCACAUAAUGUGCAUCAUAAUUUACUCCUUAUUUUUAUAUAUAUUUUAUCCAGAAAUAAAGCAAUUAAGUUAAAAAUUUGUAUUCA